AAAAAGAAAAGCUAAACAAGCCAAAGUUUUCCUCCGAGUCGCGAAAAGAGGAUCCGACAUGGAUGUAAAGGAUAUUUUUUAUUGACUUAAACAAAAGGAGUGGCGGCUUCAUCGUCUGCACGGUCAAAGAAUGAUCACAUAGCAAGCGGUCUGGGUGCAAAGAAGUUUUAAAGAGUUAGGGGGAAACUUUUUUGAGGCUGAAAAAGCAGACAAGCUGGCUGUCUGGAUAUGGCGCGGGACAGAGGAGAAGAAGACACCGGCGGAACUAGUAACAAAAGUGCUCCAAAAGUCAAACAGAGGCAAAGGAAAAAGAAAUCAAAAGAGAGCAAAACGAGGACUGUCCACGCAAACACACUUUACGACAGUGCGAAAGGAGAGGAAAACCCGAAUCGCCACUAUGCAAACAACAAAAUCAAGACGACUAAAUACACCCUGCUUUCAUUCCUACCAAAGAAUCUAUUCGAGCAGUUUCACCGCUUUGCAAAUGUUUACUUUGUCUUCAUCGCACUGCUAAAUUUUGUGCCAGUUGUCAAUGCUUUUCAACCCGAGCUGGCUUUGGCCCCAGUUGUUUUUAUUUUAUCUGUCACAGCUAUCAAAGAUCUAUGGGAAGACUACAGAAGACAUCGGUCUGAUAAAGAAAUCAAUCACAUGGACUGUCUUGUGUACAGCAGGACAGAGAGGCGGUAUGUGGAAAUCUACUGGAAAGAGGUGCGAGUGGGCGACUUCAUUAGACUGAGGUGUAAUGAGAUCCUGCCUGCUGACGUCCUGCUGCUGAGCUCCUCAGACCCGGAUCGCUUGUGCCACAUCGAGACAGCCACGCUGGACGGAGAAACAAACCUGAAACAGAGACAGGUGGUCCGCAGCUUCUACGACCUGGAUUGUGACUUUGACCCUCUGAAGUACAACAGUGUGAUUGAAUGUGAGAAACCCAACAACGACCUGAGCAGAUUCCGAGGUUACAUAAUCCAUCGGAAUGGGAGAAGAGAUGCACUUUACAAAGACAACCUGCUGCUGAGAGGCUGCACCAUCCGAAAUACCGAGGAGGCAGUCGGGAUCGUCAUUUACGCAGGUCAUGAGACCAAAGCCAUGCUGAACAACAACGGGCCGCGUUACAAGCGCAGUAAACUGGAGCGACAGAUGAAUGUGGACGUGUUCUGGUGCGUCAUCAUCCUCCUCGUCAUGUGCCUCUUCGCUGCUGUGGGUCACGGGCUCUGGAUGUUUCAGUACGGCGAUAAGAGACCAGUAUUUGACGUCCUGAGUCCAGAGGGGGCCGACUUAUCGCCCAUAAUGUCCGCCAUCUAUCUCUUUCUCACUAUGAUUAUCGUCUUUCAGGUGCUGAUUCCCAUCUCGCUUUUCGUGUCCAUUGAGAUUGUGAAGAUUUGCCAGGUUUAUUUCAUCCACAACGACUUGGAGCUAUACGACGAGGAGACUGACUCCCAUCUGCAGUGCCGGGCCUUGAACAUCACCGAGGACCUGGGUCAAAUGCAGUACAUCUUCUCUGAUAAAACCGGCACACUCACAGAAAACAAGAUGGUGUUUCGCCGCUGCACUGUGGCCGGAGUGGAGUACUCCCAUGACGCUAAUGCCCGCAGACUGGCCAUGUACCAGGAGGUGGACUCAGAGGAGGAGGAGUGCAUGUCUCAUGGAGGGACUCUGCCCAGACGGGACAGUGUGACAAGCCACCAGAGCGCUCGCGUGGUCCUUAGGUCCCAAAGCACAAAGUCCCACCGCAGAACAGGCAGCCGAGCAGAGGCCAAACGCGCCAGCAUCCUGUCCAAGCACACCGCCUUCAGCAGCCCUAUGGAGAAAAAUAUCACACCGGACCCUCAGCUCCUGGACAAGGUGAACGAGUGCAGCAGUCAGAUGGACUUCAUGCGCUUCCACAGCCAGUCAAUGUCCACGCUGCCCUCUGACCUCUGUGACAUCAUUGACUUCUUCAUCGCACUCACCAUCUGCAACACGGUGGUGGUGUCCUCUCCCAACCAGCCCCGCCAGAAGGUGAGGAUGAGAUUCGAGCUGAAAUCCCCGGUUAAAACCAUCGAGGACUUUAUCAAACGCUUCACCCCGAGUCGCCUUACCUCCGGCUCCAACAACAGCAGCUCGUCCAGCCUGAACCGCUCCAACCAGCGUGCGGGCUCCAGUCUGGUCUCCUCCCCCUCGGCGGAUAGCACCCUCACCAAGCUGGACGAGGAGAAGAGCCACCCAGACCUGCAGCAGACCUUCACCCCUGUCCCACCAUGUUACGACCCUGCAAAGGCCUGGAAACUUGAUGAGGGGGAGCUGAGAUAUGAAGCAGAGAGUCCGGACGAAGCAGCGCUGGUUUAUGCUGCCAGGGCUUACAAGUGUUCACUGGUGGGACGUCUGCCCGACCAGGUGACGGUGGAGCUGCCCCAUCUCGGUAAACUGAGCUUCGAGUUGCUGCACACGCUGGGGUUUGAUUCAACGAGGAAACGCAUGUCUGUGGUGGUCCGGCACCCGCUCACUGACCAGAUCACUGUGUACACCAAAGGAGCCGAUUCUGUCAUUAUGGACCUCAUCAGACCGCCCGAUACAGGAAACUCCAAAGGCAAACGUCAGAAAAAGAUCCUCUACAGGACUCAGAACUACCUAAAUCAGUACGCUGCAGAUGGCCUGAGAACACUAUGCAUUGCUAAAAAGGUUCUGUCAAAGGAGGAGUAUGCAUGUUGGCUGCAGCGCCACCUUCAGGCAGAGACGGCCAUCCAGGGGCGAGAGGAGCUGCUGUUUGAGUCAGCGCUGAGGCUAGAGACCAACCUUCACCUGCUGGGAGCAACCGGGAUCGAGGACCGCCUUCAGGAUGGCGUCCCAGAGACCAUUGCGUCCCUGAGGAGGGCGGGAUUACAGAUAUGGGUGCUCACAGGGGACAAACAGGAGACAGCGGUCAAUAUUGCAUAUGCCUGUAAACUGCUGGACCCAGAAGAAGAGCUCCUCACUCUGAAUGCUGACUCCCAGGAGGCUUGUGCUCUGCUGCUAGACGAGAGCCUACAUUACAUCCAGGCCAAAUUCCUCUGCUCCUCCUCAGACCAAGCUCCUAAAGCUUACCUUUCCAACAUGGCGGACAGUGAUCUGUACUCCUCACUGCUUGUACAUAGACUGGGUUUGGUAAUAGACGGGCGGACCCUUGCCUAUGCCCUGGACCGCACUCUGGAGGAUAAGUUUCUGGCUGUGGCUCGGAGCUGCCGGUCGGUGCUGUGCUGUAGGUCCACGCCUCUCCAAAAGAGUAUGGUCGUCAAACUGGUGCGCAACAAGCUCAAGGUCAUGACACUGGCCAUUGGUGACGGAGCCAAUGAUGUGAGCAUGAUCCAAGUGGCAGAUGUGGGAGUGGGCAUUUCAGGACAAGAGGGCAUGCAGGCGGUGAUGGCGAGUGACUUUGCGCUGCCACGGUUCAGUUACCUCCAGAAGCUGCUGUUGGUUCAUGGACAUUGGUGUUACUCCAGGCUAGCAAACAUGAUCCUCUACUUCUUCUACAAGAACGCUAUGUUUGUGGCCCUCAUUUUCUGGUAUCAGUUUUACUGCGGUUUCUCGGGGUCCGCCAUGAUCGACCAGUGGUAUCUAAUCUUCUUUAACCUCAUGUUCUCCGCGUUUCCACAACUCAUCACCGGUACCCUGGACAAAAACGUGUCGGCCGAGACACUGCAGAGGCUUCCUCAGCUUUACAAAAAUGGACAGAACUCAGAGGAGUACAAGCCAUACAUGUUCUGGAUGAAUAUGAUCGAUGCCUUCUACCAAAGCUUGGUGUGCUUCUUCAUACCCUAUUUUGCUUAUUCUGACUCAGAAGUUGACCUGUUUACAUGGGGAACUCCCAUCACUACCAUUGCCCUUUUCACGAUUUUGUUGCACUUGGGCAUCGAGACCAAAACCUGGACCUGGAUGAACUGGUCAUCCAUCUGCUUCAGCAUAGCCUUGUUCUUCACUGUGGCUCUGUGCUAUAAUGCGUCCUGUCCCACCUGUUACUCGCCCUCCAACCCAUACUGGACCAUCCAGAGGUUGCUGCAGGACCCCCAAUUCUACUUCCUCUGUGUCAUCACCCCCUGCUCUGCACUACUUCCCCGAUAUUUCUACAGGGCGUGUCAAGGCACUCUCUUUCCGAGCGUGGUGCAAGUAGGAAGACAGCUGGACAAACUCCCCUCCGAAACCCGCCAGAACAUCCUCAGCCUUAGCGGGGUCGCUGCAGGGUCACAGCUCAGCCCACAACCUCACUUCCUGUCCACCAACAAGUCCCUCCCAAAAGACGGUGUGGGCAAAAACACUGUAGCUCAACUCUACCAAAAAGAGGAUGCUGGAAGAGACAAGGAGACAUGCAAAGACGUGUACUCUUUAGUUAACACAGAAGGCGACACUUUACCUUACACCAAAGAUCUUCCUGGAGGACAGCUCAAUAUUUCAACCCAAAGUUCAGGGGGCCUAGUUAGGAGCGCUGAGGUGUCCCAUGUGCUCCCCAAUAUAGACUGUGUGGAGCUGCCCCCGGAGCAUGGGCCUUCCUGUGUCCGAUACAAGAGGAGCCCAGAGGAGGCACUGCAAAACCGGACAGAGCACAAAAUCCAUGUGGCCUUGUGACAGGCUAAAGUUUAAAGGGAGAUUUGAGGUUUUAAUGUAGGGUUGUAUGGGUUACUUCAGGAUGGAAAAAACUAGUACUGCUGGGAGAUUGUUGGAAAGUAUACCCACCAGAAUAGGUAUUAUUGGGAUUUUAUAUAAUUGCGUUUCUUGCAAUGUCAUACACCCUUUAAAACAAGGAAGUAAAGUACUAUUUUAGUAAAUAUAUUAGUACAAAAUUUAAGUAGAAGCUUGAACUCAUCUAUGAGCUUUUUGGAGUGAUAUCGCAGUGUUUUGUAUCUAGACCAGCAGGCUUACCAGUACAUGACUGUGUUAAUCUAUGACAGUCUAUGUAAUCUAUCCACAAUGCCCUAUAGAGCUCUACCUCAAAAAUACCAAGCAUCCCUUUAAACGCCAACUCUAAUUUGCACAAUAGUUUUAUCUAAUUUUAUUGUAUAUUUCAAGGAGAUUUUUUUAUAUACGAAUAGGUACUUUAUAUUUUGGAUUUAAAAUAUAUAUUUUGGAGAGAAUGUCAAAGGUUUUACUCUGCUUUCAUCUCAGUAUUUAGUUUUAGUUUUUUGGUACCACAGCCCUGUUUGUGGCCUGGAAUUUUUGUUUUUGAAGUCCAAAGGAAUAACUGGUGUAUCUCAACCAAAGGCAGCAAACAUUGAUCUCUGUUAAUUUUUUAUUGAAGAAAUGUUGAUCGUUUUUCUAAAAUACAUUCCACUGAAUCAUUGUUUAAACUAAAUAAUGGCAUUUACACGGAGAUAUCAUCUUUAUAUCAGAAAUUAUGCUUACUCCAUGUGUGUGCAUGUGUUUUUAAAAGUGCUGGCCAGUUUCAGUCUUUGCAAAAAAGAGCUACUGUUGCAUAUUUAUCCCAGUGUAGCUCUCUUGAAGGUUCUCUUAAAAAAAUAUUUUCUGCCAGUUGCAUUUGACAGAUUUUACAUUAUCACCUGUCAUUCUUGUUGGAACAGGAUAAGCUAAUAAAUGUACUAGUACUAGUACUUUACAAGAUUCUUAUUACUAUGUUUCUAGUUGGAUAUAAGCUCAAAAUUGGGAAUGUAUGUCAUGUUAUUGACAAAAUACCAAAUGAUUUAGUUGUAAUAACACAAAGGCCUUGUCUUCAUAAGAAGUAUUAGGACUUCUCUCUCUAAAGUCCUCCAGCUUCUCCAAAUUCCAAGUUUUUUCCAAAUUCCUAAUGGUGAAAAUAAGUUCUACUUAAUACAGAAUACAGUUUAUUACAAUUUGUUAUAAUUUGUCACAAUUUAUCAUGUCCUCAUUCUUAGAUGUGCUUUUGACUUUUUUGUACUGGUGUUCAGCUGGAAAUCUUUUUACAGACUGUAAAAUGAACAUUUGCACUUUAAAAAGUUUAACUCAACAUCAGAGAGUUGCUGGUGUAGCAUCAAGUGCUCAAAAAUGCUAACAGUGUUUAGUUUAAACUGUAAACACAGCCGCACCUUUAAUAUGUUAUUGCAGGACAUUUUACCAAAGAACAGUUAUUGUUUUAAGCAACAGUUUGUGCCUUAACACUGGAAAAGUUUGUUCUGGUUCAGUGCUGUACAGUUUGAUAUAUUUAUGAGGCUAACGUGCUGCGGCUAAGUGCCUGCUGACUGUUCACACCAGGUGCUUAUCUCUGUUGUUUAUUUUGUUUUUUUAGUCUUUUCUCUGCUUUUAACCCUGCACUUUUGUCUCCUCGCAGCUGCAUUCCUGAAAUUUCUUUGUGAGAUUCACAGCAUGAACUCUACCUUUUUUGUAUGGAUGUUGUUUCUUAAAGCUAAUAAAGUUGAGUUAUGUAAAAAUGAUGACGGACCAAAGAUCAGAUAUUUCAUUUUUUUGUAAUUUCAAAAUUCUCACGUUUGUUGUACUUUGGCUGAACAGAG